GCGGAAGCUGCUGUCAGUUUUGUAACAACAAUAACACAGUCCGAUGAGCGGCGGUGCACGUGUGUGUGCGGGGAGCGCUGCUGCACGGAGGAAACAUGGACCCGCCACAGUCACAACAGCCUGAUCCUGCCGGUCCCGAUGCAGAUCAGGGCGACAAAUGCGAGCUUUCAGCAGCGAUGCGGGCCAAGAUCGAGCGGAACCGGCAGCGGGCGCUGAUGCUCCGCCGAGCCCGGCUGGCGAGCCGCCCGGAGGGCCCGGCCCCCGCCAAGGUCUGCAGGACCACCGACUCCGGGGCCGGCUUCUUCAUAGAGGAGGAGGAGGAUGGAGAGCAGCAGGUCAAGGUGGUGGUGCACCAGCCAGCUCCGGUGAUUGAACCAGAGUACCUUCUGUGUGAUACCUGCCAAAAACCCUUCAUGGAUUCUUUCCUCAGCAACAGUUUCGACUUGUCUGUGUGCGACAAGUGCAGAGACAAUGAAGAGAAGCACAAGCUGAUCUCCAGAACUGAGGCCAAGCAGCGCUACUUACUCAAGGACUGUGAUCUCGAUAAAAGAGAACCCCCGCUCAGGUUUAUACUGAGGAAAAACCCUCAUAACUCACAUUGGGGCGACAUGAAGCUCUACCUCCAUCUGCAGGUGGAGAAGAGAUGCAUGGAGGUUUGGGGUUCAGAGGAGGCUCUGGAGGAGGCUAGAGAGACGAGGGAAGAAAACAAAGAGGUGCAGAAACAGAAACGCUUCAACAAAAAAGUCAAAGAACUACGCAGGGCAGUGAGGAGCAGCAUGUGGACCAAAACCACCGGCAGUCAUCAACACGAGUAUGGACCAGAGGAGGUGGUGGAUCCAGAGGAGGACCUCUACAAGAAAACCUGCACAACCUGCGGACAUGAACUCACUUAUGAGAAGAUGUAGACACAUGCACCCUGUGACUGUUGUAAACUCAAGUUGAUCCGAACCAAAUAUUUGGUGCUUUUGCAGAGAAUCUUGCCAGGUUGAACUGGCACUCUUUAAAUGUGAGUAGAUUGUUUUGUGUUUUUUAUAUAUCAAUAUAUCAAUUUUGUACCAUGAGGAUAAAAAGCUGGAAAGUCUUUGUAAGGAAUAUAAUGAAUAAAAAUGUUAUACCACCAUAAAUGCAUAUCACAUGCCUAUCCAUGCUCACCGGGCAUGAGUGAAAACAAGAAAACGCCACUGGAAACAACCUUUGUUACAAAAUGCGCUUAUAAUAGUUUAUAAUGUCUCUCUUCCAUCAAUUCAAUUCAAUUGAAUUUUAUUUAUACAGAGUCUAUUACAACAGAAGUUGUCUCUAGGCGAUUUCCAGAGACUCAGAACAUGAGCCCUGAGCAAUUAUUACAUAAACAUAACAUAAACAAUGGAGGGUAAAAAGUUAAACUCUCCUACUUGGAGAAAAACCUGUAGCCAAACAGUGGCAAGGAAAAACUCCACUUUAGGAGGAAAUAAACCUUGAGCAGGACCUGCAUCAUAAGGGUGGACCCUCCUGCUGAAGACCAGCUGGGCAGAGCAGGAAAAGAAGAGAACAGACAGAGAGAAAGAAGAACAGAGAAAGGAGAGACACACACUAUGGCUAGCUGGUACCCUACAGGGAUGACUAUAUAAACAGAUGUAGACAGCAGACAGUGAGGUGGACAGAUGGUGCGACUGCAGGUCAGGAUGUCAGCAGGGUCAUCUACCAGACAUCCCUGAAGACAGGUGGACCUUCAUGUGUAGUUAGUUGCUGUGUUAUUAAAAGACUUUAGCUAACAGCUGAUGGAGAGAACAUGGCCUCAAGUGGCCGCUGGAAGUGAUCAGUCACUGAAAUAUUUUCACACUUGCAUGUUGUGAUCGGCGGGUUUUAAAAUACUGAGAAAUUACUUUAUUUUCUUAUUGUAUGCAUUUGAAUUGGUCUAGCUUCUCCAUUACAAACAUGUUAAUGUUGUUGGAUUGGUAUUUCUGAUAACAAUUCCAAAAAAAAUCCAUCUUCUGACUUUUCCAACACUAGGUAAAGUAAGAGAAAAAUCAUUUCUGAUGUUUUUUAUUUCAUCAGUCCUCAUCAGAACCCUGCCGCAGCAUGCCUGAACCACUGCUAUGUUUUACUGUUGGUUCGUGGCUCUUUUCUUAUGGGAUCCUUUUUCUCCCCUAUAGAUGUCUGUAGGUGUCAUCCUCGAUAGCAGACUGUCAUUCCCAUAUCAAAAACAUCACCUGCUCUGCUUAUUUCCCCCUUCUCCUCCCUCAGUGUCCUCACUGCCUCCAUACUCGUCCACUGUCUUGUCACCUCCUGAAUUGAUUACUGCACCUCUCUCCUCUUUGGUGUUCCCCAGACAGCCCUCCACAAACACACAUGCAUUUUAUCCAUUGUUGUCCAACUGGUACAUAACUCUGCUACCUAGAUCAUUAUCAUUCCAUUACAUCACCCACAUCAUGCAGCAGCAACACUGGCUCCCAGUCUGCCAAAAAAAUGAAUUAAAAAAUCUGACAACCUCCAGAUCACAACUCCAGCCCAUUCCCUCAGAUAUUCCUCCAUCCACCUCACUGUCCCCUCUGCCUGCCUCAGCACCACACCCAGUCUGCUCCCAAACUCUGGAACUUCGCACCACCUGGAGAAAAACUUUACAUUGACAGUUGAAACAGGAAUUUCUUCUUUAUUCUGUCUAUGUGAACACUGAAGAUUAAAACAGUCUUAGGUUCAAUAUUGUGUUUGGGAAUGCAUACAUUCAUCAAAAAAGUGCUAAUGAUUGUGUCCAGUGUACUUUUUAGAAUAGUAUUUUUCAUUUAUGCAACAGUUUCGUGGUUUUCAAUAACUUUUGACAUUUCCUAAAAUAUUCUGAUUGUACAACUUGUUUAUUCUGAAUACUGACCUGCACUAACCUGCACACUUGUAGCUAGUAUUAUUCCAUCUCAUACAUCAGGCCAAAGAUGAUCUGCCACUGACUCACCUGGAUGCAUUCAUGGGAAUUUCAACUACUGCCCCCCCGCCCCCCAGUUUCAAAUGACUCAAUUCCUGUCUCUUUUUUCAGCAGAAACUUUCCAGACUGCUUUUUGUGGGCUUAAUGUCUAUAGUUUCACUUCCUGUUGGGGAUUAUUUGUUACAACUUUGCAAUUAA